AGAAAUGCUUCGACAUAUGGCACUGGUAAUUCUUUUUCUUGGUCAAGCGUCUUCGGUGGAUCAUAAAGGAGAGAAUAUCACUGCUGUGGAGUCCGUACGCAAACUUACCCCUGCUGAUAUGGAAGCCAAGCUGUUACCGCUGUUACCAUUUCUUACAGCUGCUGGCGCUUUUGGCCUCUUAGGUCUUGGAAUGAUGAGGGAUCAUGGUGCAUUUUAAUCCACACAAGCUUCUGCAAUCUUUCCCGACUUGUGGAUCGAAAAAUCGUUUCAGUGCACUGCCGACUGAAACACUGAAAUAAAUUUUGUAACUUUAUUUACUUUUUUGAAUAAAGGACAUUGCAUAGAAUUGAACUUUCACGUAGAGAGUAAAAAACUGAAAAUUCUGUCUCUUCAAUAUCCUUUGUAGUCAUUCGUC